UCUGUCUCGUUUUCUGUUUCAGAAAUUCAGGAUGCUGGCUCCAGAGGCAGACCAAUUCCCAACUCCAGUACCUCACUAUUCAGAACUAAUAUUCCCGUAACCCACCCUCUAAAACAACUCCUCGACACAUCACUGGACACCAUCCUCCAAGCAGUUUCUCCCAGGACCCUCCAAUCUUAUGUGACAGCUUGGAGGUGUUUUAAAGCAUUCCACUUCUCAUACACCUUGCCAUUCCCUGAUUUUUCUCUCCUUUCAAUCACCUCAUUCAUCUCCUACCUUAACAGCAUUAAGGGCCUCCAAGUUGGAACCAUCAAAGGUUACCUGAGCGGCAUCCAGUUUUUCCACAAAUUGAUGUACGGCGCUCCCUCCCCAGAGAUAAAUAAUUCACAAACCUCCCUUCUGGUCAAAGGAAUUCAACGAUCUCAUCCCACCCAUCCCGACACCAGACAACCCAUAACACUAGAUAUUCUCACAAAAUGUAUUCAUGCCCUCCGCACAGUCUACCAGCCUCUCGUGACAGCCCGUACACUCGAUGCUAUGUUUAUUCUAGCAUUUUUCGGCUUUCUUAGAUGCUCGGAACUCGCCAUCACUUCCAAAUUCGACCCAAGAGUCCACCCCACCAUCUCAGACUUAUCAGUACUGGAUAGUGAAACCAUCUCAUACUUGAUUAAGCAAAGCAAGACAGACCAAUCCAAAAAAGGCCAUUUCAUCUACAUCUUCAAACUCUCAUCGCCAAUCCAACCAUACCAAUCCAUUCAGGCAUAUCUUCAUUGGAGAAGCUCCCAGGCUAAAUCCCACCUUGAUCCCCUAUUUAUAGAUGACUCCAACAAACCUGUGACACGCUUUUGGUUCCAGAAACAUCUCAAAUCCGUUCUUCAACAGUCAGGCAUCCAAGCAAAACAUUUCUCCAGUCACUCUUUCCGCAUCGGAGCAGCAACUUCAGCUGCCCAAAAAGGCCUCUCCCAGCAGCAGAUACAAGCUCUCGGAAGAUGGUCCUCAGACGCUUUCCAAAGCUACAUCAGGACCAACCGGUUCCACAUUAAAAAAGCCCACCAAACCCUCAUCGAAUAAAACCCUCCGGGUCGUCCACCUGGGUGUUCUUCCUUCUUCCAGUGAUCUAAAUUCCCAACUGACAAAGCAAAAAC